UUUUAUUCUAAUGAAGUACUUAGUGGUGUCUGGAUCAGUGCUUACAACAGAAUAUGAACACCUUUUGAACAGCCUGAUCUAUUAUUAAGAACUUUUUGAAUGACUAUUUUUCCCCUGAAACUGUGAUUGUGUUGAAUUAUUUAUUCUUGAAAAUAAUUACAGCUUUAUGAUUGCUCUGACCAUGUGGUCAGAAAACUUCAACUAACUUUAUGCAUCCGCAAACCUUUAAUGGUACUUGACACAUAACAUUUCAACAUGAACACAUAUAUAUUAAUGUAUAAGGGAAAGUGUAUAUCAUGUGUCCUGAAACUGAUCAAUUUUAUUUAUUUAUUUUUUUUUUUUAAUCAGGGCACUAGUUCACUUCACUAGUUCAUUUAAAUUGUCCUGCAGUGUGACAAAUACAUUUUUAAAUGUACAAAUAUUCUGUGUAGUCUCUUAAUCAAUAUGAGAUCAUGAAAGCUGCAUGCAGAAAAAUGAUAAAAUAGUUAUCCAAAUGCUAUAUAAAUUAGUUUUACAUGGAGUAUACUGUAGCAUGUCACACUGCAGGACAUGUUAAUGUCACAAAAGUAUGUCAGCUACCCUUUUGCAAGAGUUCAGCUACCCUUUUGCAAGAGUUCAGCUACCCUUGUGCAAGGGUUACACACAUCAUCAUAUCUUUCUCUUUAUUCUUACAGCUUUAUUCUUUAAAAAAUGGGAUGUAUGCCAUGAUGAAAUGGUUACACUGUCACAAUAGCAGUACUGUCGGCUUAUUUACAGCAUAAAUGACAAGCGCAACAACUCUGUAACGAUCAGCUCUUAAUAACAGAAUAUAGUUGAAUAGAGUCUACAUAGCAUUUAUUCUUCAAGCUCAGGUUUAGCUAUAUGUGAUCCUCUAAAUGCAGAGUCCUCAUAACAUCAUAACAGUCUGAUAGACUGUAAGUGCCUGACUUUGUGAGUCUAUAUCAUAAGUCUUUUAAAGUCAGUGAAGACUGUUCUCAAAUCAGCACUCUGCCACUGAAUCCGAGUGAUUUCCAGAGUCUGAUUCAAAGUGAUUUGGAAUUGUCUAGAUAUGUUUUUUUUGGUCUCCAGAACAACCACUGGUGUCUGGUCCUCUAGAAGGCUGACCUUUGCUCACCUCUCUCUCCAGAGCUCUGGGUCACCUCCACACAUCUGGGAGCCAUUUCCUCCCCAAAGGACCCACUUCCUGUAGGCAGCUACAAUGGAGGGGGAGAGCUUCUGCAUAACAUGGAGGUGGGAAAGGUAAGGUAAGACUGAUCCAGUUCCAGGUCAUGAGAAAUGUAAGUCUGACCUCUAAUAUGUGAGGACAUGAAGAUGGCUUCGUUGUUAAUGCAAACAUUCAUCCAAAAGAAACAAUUCUGUCAUACGUUACUCACCCUUAUAUAAUUCCAACCCAGUAUUAUUUUCUUCAUUCUGUAUAAAACAAAAGGGGAUCUUAGGCAUAAAGUGGAUAGUGAUUUAUACUGCCAAGCUCCAAACAGGACAAACACCAUAAAGGUUGUCCAUAUGACUCUUGUGCCAUAUUCCAAGUGCGUGAUGAACAGAUCAGUAUUGUGACAUGCAAGAACCAUCGGUCUUUGCUGUCAAUUAUGUCAAACACAAGCGAAAAUAACUUUUUUUUUAUAACAUGAAAUAUCCUAACCCUGACCGUAACCUCAUAAAGCAACCCUAAAUUGGAUUCAGUUAAACAUUAAUAUUAAUAGCUUUGCUCAAAAUGUCUGAAUAUCCAAUAUACUGUGGGCCAAUCUAUCAUAAACUUGAUCUUCAUUAGUUGACAAAAUGCACCAACAAAAUAUAGCGAAAGUCACAAAGCACAGAUGAAGUUCUAAAGAUCUAAACAGAACUGUAAAUUCUGAUGGAUAUUGCAUAAAUAGCUUUGGGCUUUUGUUCCGCACUUGCGGAAUUUCCUUAAAUUGUUUCUGAAGCUGCAUCUCCAAAGAAUCUUUUAAUGUCUGCAUGGGCAUCUGGUUUCUGCCCGAUUCAAGAUGGGUUCUUUUCAUUCAUGUCUUAUGCUAUUGAACCAAAAUAACUGCAUGGCCGUAGGAUUCUUCCAAUAACUCCCUCAAACCAGUUUCCCUCUUCACAGAAGUAAUGCAACAAUUGAACCUUCCAUCAAGGAGGGUGAUGGUUAUAAAUGUGCCAUAAACAGGUCAUAACAGCUGGUAAAAGAAGAACUCGAAUUUAAAGUGGAUGAACAGUAGAUUAAUUUAAGAUCACACUAACACACACACAAACACACACACACACACACACACACACACACACACAUACAUAUAAACAAUCCGGCUUGUGCUUGGGUGCUGUUACAUGUUAUACUACAUCUAAAUCUACUUUAAACAUCAUUUUUCUAAUUUACUAAUAUUAUAAUUUCUAAUUUUUUGCAUGCAGAUUUUAUUAUCUCACAAAAUAUGAUUAAAAGUAGUGCAAACUUGUUGAAAUGAUAUAUAUUUAUUGUUAUUUUUACUUGAUGGUAUUAUUAAGUUGUUGCGAUCUGAAAUGUGUUACAUCGCAGUUCAUUACACAACACAAGUACAGUAUGUGUUGCAUUCUCAGCAUUGCUCCAAGGGGCACUAUAGCGAACAUUAAUGUAAACCUUCCACUUCUGUGGUGAGUUUUCUCUUUCAUGUCAACUACUGUCACGGCGAAUCAACAGUUUGAAGAGAAUAUUGCUGUUUAUCAGCAAUAUAAUAUUUAUAACAACUUACCUGAAUAACAACAUCCGGCUUUAUGGCACAGACUUUUGAAGGUAACGCUAUCACCCCCUUGAGUACUGAGGUUUGUAAGUGCCUCAGUAAAGCAAAAAUGCAUGUUAAGUAGACCCCAUGUUUAGCUACAGUGAUGUGCAUAGACCUUAGCAGGGACAGGGGCGGAAGGAUGAAAAAGCACCAAGGUAAUACACUUGUUUAUUUAUUUAUUUUCAGACAUGGUCUGUGAUAACCCCAUGUUUAUGACAUGUGUUAUAGUAAAACCAUGAUAUUUUUUUAAAAUACCUUGGAGUACCAUGACAGUAUCAUGAAAUAUGAACAUGUUCAGUCAUUCAGUGACAUGGCAUUACCCUGGUAACGUGGUGCACGGUGCGAAGGUGCGAUGAGAAAGUGUGAGCGCGAGGUGAUCGACUGUGUUCCACGAAUGCUAUAGGGUCCUUGAAUAACGUAUAACAUGCGAGUAAGGGUGGCCGGUGGAGUUUCUGCUGGCCCCCUAGGGUAUGAUGGUGCCCUCCUAGGGAGUUGGCACCCUACGCAGACUGCGUACUAUGCAUAUAGGGAGCUGCGGUACUGUGGUAGUCUAUUGGUAUUUUUCUGAAUGUAAUAAGUCUAAUGGCUCAUUAGUUUCAACAAAAACAAACUGGCUUUGGCUGAACCUGACAGCUCCUUCAGUUUAUGUCAAUAUUCUAUAAAAGCCGUAUUGAAUUUCUAUUGCUGAAAGCGACGCGACCGCUCCCAUUAUAAUGAAUAAAUCUGUCCUCACUUCAGGUGUGCGAUGUCGGAAAUGCGGUAUAAAUCGAGUAUUAUUCUUUUGAUGAACUUACAACACAAUACAUUGAGUGGACUUUUUAUCAGACCUGUUACUCGUCUGAGGUAACAGCAAUUCGAUGCUCCGGGGCGAAUUCAAAAUGGCAUUUUUUGCUCCUGCGGGAGGGGAUGCCACUCGAAAGCUCAUUCAAAAUGAAAGUGAGAAAAUUCAUCUUUUCUCGUAGGGCUCUUCCACAAGACUGUUAGUGAAGGGUACAUUCAUACAGUAAUGCCAUGUUUCCUUCAGAGUACCCACUUCAAGGUCUCUGCAGUUUGGAGUGAGUAUAGGGCAUAGGGAGGUUCACUUGCAAUUGGAAUCCGCCCCCGAUCUGCUGUAACGCGCACUCUUAAAGGCACCUCAGCUUAAUUUUUUUUUAAUAAGUUCGCGAUUUACCAAAAAAUCUCAUAAUAAUACUUUAUUACUGUUAUUGUGAGAUUAUGAUGAGAUUUUAAUUUUGUUUUCUUUGGGGGCUUGGGUAGCUCAGCGAGUAUUGAUGCUGACUACCAUCCCUGGAGUCGUGAGUUCGAAUCCAGGGUGUGCUGAAUGACUCCAGCCAGGUCUCCUAAGCAAUCAAAUUGGCCCGGUUGCUAGGGAGGGUAGAGUCACAUGGGGUAACCUCCUCGUGGUCGUGAUUAGUGGUUCUCGCUCUCAACAGUGCGUGUGGUAAAUUGUGCGUGGAUCGCGGAGAAUAGCAUGAGCCUCCACAUGCUGUCAGUCUCCGCAGUGUCAUGCACAAUGAGCCUCAUGAUAAGAUGUGCAGAUUGAUUGUCUCAGAAGCGGAGGCAACUGAGACUUGUCCUCCGCCACCCGGAUUGAGGUGAGUAACCGCGCCACCACGAGGACCUAGUAAGUAGUGGGAAUUGGGGAGAAAAGGGGAUAUAAUAAUAAAAAAAAAAAAAAUUGAAAAGAUUUGUUUUAUUUAACUAUUUUAACUUAAUCAUUAAAAUUUCUCCCCUUUUUCUGGACAACCAAAAGGGCAUCUUUAGAUUUGUGAACAAAAAUGCCCCCAUUAUGUUCACAUCAGUGUUUAGCUGGACCGUCCAUUGGCAAUGCAUUGACCAAGUGUUGCCGUCUGCAUUUGCGUGUUUACCUAAAGUAUGUUUCUGGCCUAAAUAUGCAGAUACUUUUGGAACAUUGCUUGUCCAACCAGAGAAGCACAACUAACUGUUGCAUAAUGCACAUUUUGCAAUCAAAAACUGCAUUUCCCAAAUUAUUAUUUUUUGUUAAAACUACACUAUGUAACUUUUGGCCCUUUAGCGGUUGAAGCGUAAAACUGCAAGUUACUUGUGGAGGAACAUUUUACGUGAGUUGUGUUUCAGCACUGCUCUUCUGUGCAGAUGAAUCUCAUGGUUUGAGGACUCAGAGAUGUUUACCUGGAGAUCAGGAGUCAGGACUUGCUAUUUUCAUGUUGAUAUGUUAUUCAUUUAAACAUUUAUAGCCGAUAUAUUACUUAUUUUGAGGAAGAUAAACAACACUCUUAAUUAUAUUUUAAUAUGAAUAUUCAAGGGUUUUAUCCACUACACAAUGCACAUUAAUGUUUGUAUUGUACUACACAUAUCAAUUUAAGAAGUGAAACUCAUGAAAUGUCUAAUAUGUGUUCAAUUCAAGACACUACAUUUUUAUAUUACAAUCUACAGCCCAAGUGGACAAUGCAGGUGAACCGUUAUACUACAAUUGUAGAUAUAUGCACUGCACACAAGACUGUAAUAUAAAAACACAAAACGAGGAUUUAAUAAUGAUGAAAUAUAAUUUAUUGAACAUGAAAAUAAUAUGCAGAAAUAUGCAAUAUAAUAAUUACAAUAAUAAAUGUUUAAUCUUUUAUUUGGAAGUUAUAAUGCAUAGAUGGUUACUGUAAUGUUUAAUGUGUGUGUUCAUGUAUUUCAUGUCUUUUAUUUUGAAAAGUUUAGUUCCUUAUGUCAUGUGUUCCUGGUCAUGUGAUGUACUGUUUUCCCUCCAUGUUCAUGUGUCUUAUUUUCAUUGGUUCAUUGUUUGAUUAUCUUAUUUAAAGUUCUGUUUGUUCAUUGGUUAUCUUUGUCAUGUGUUCCCCCAUGUCCAAGUAUUUAAGCCGUCAUGUUUUCCAUUGUCCUUGGUCAGGUAUUGUGUGUUUGGUAAUGUAGUCAUUGUUUAUAGUCAAGUCAAGCCAAGUUUAUGUCAAGCCAAGUUUAUGUCAAGCCAAGUUUAUAGUCAAGUUCAUGUUUAUGUUUAUGUUUCACAUUUAUAUUUAAGGUUUUUGGAUUUCACGUUUGUUAAUAAAAUUGCAGGUCGCAGUUCUCUCAGCCUGGCUCAGUAUAUCGACCUUACCCUGCAGAUUACUGGUUCUACGUUCACUGUGGGGGAGGCAGAUGCCGAGCCAGAGUCCCACGUCAUGGUCGACGAGCCAGAGUCCCACAUCUUGGUCGACGAGCCAGAGUCCCACGUCAUGGCCGCCGAGCCAGAGUCCCACGUCAUGGCCGCCGAGCCAGAGUUCCACGUCAUGGCCGCCGAGCCAGAGUUCCACGUCAUGGCCGCCGAGCCAGAGUUCCACGUCAUGGUCGCUGAGCUAGCACCAUCUUUUGCCCCGGAUCCUCAGCCUGCUUCAUGCCAUGUCAUGGUCACUGAGCUAGCGCCAUCUUUUGCCCUGGAUCCUCAGCCUGCUCCAUGCCAUGUCACAGCAAUGCCUCAGCCUGCUCCAUGCCAUGUCACAGCAACGCCUCAGCCUGCUCCAUGCCAUGUCACAGCCACGCCUGAGCCUGCUCCAUGCCAUGUCACAGCCACGCCUGAGCCUGCUCCAUGCCAUGUCACAGUAAUGCCUGAGCCUGCUCCAUGCCAUGUCACAGCCAUGCCUCAGCCUGCUCCAUGCCAUGUCACAGCCACACCUGAGCCUGCUCCAUGCCAUGUCACAGUCACGCCUGAGCCUGCUCCAUGCCAUGUCACAGCCAUACCUGAGACUGCUCCAUGCCAUGUCUCAGCCAUGCCUGAGCCUGCUCCAUGCCACAUCACAGCCACGCCUGAGUCUGUGCCAUGCCAUGUCAUGGCCACAUCUGAGCUGUUAGACCUGGAGAUGGUUCCCGCCCUUGUGCCCAUCCUUAGUUCUCCUGAUCAGGCAAGGGGAACUUUCGACCCUCCGACCCCGCCUGGACCCUCUGAGCCCUGGACUCCACCUUGGCUUGUCGAUCCUUCGACAUCGCCUCAGCUCUGCAUUCCCUCGGCUCCACUGCCUGUCGGCUUUGCCGGGUUCCCUCGUCCCUCCAGCUCCUCGGUCAGUCAGUCACCUGGCUCCACCUUGGCUCUCCGAUCCUCUGGCUAUGCCUCGUCCCUCCAAUCCGUCAGCUCCACCGGGGACCUCCUUCCUUACGGCUCCACCUUGGUCCUCAGUCCCACCGGCUCUGCCUCAGUCUUCCGAUCCCCCAGCUCCACAUUGCUCCUCCGAGCCUCCAGCGCCGCCUUGGGUACCCAGUUCCAUGGUGUCACCCUUCAAGUCUCUCACAGCUCUGCCUUCCAUGGCUCCGCCCUUCAAGUCUCUCACAGCCCCACCUUUUAUGGCUCUGCCCCUCGAGCCUCUCGGGGCCCAUCAACAGGUUAAUGUGUGUGUCCAUGUUUUGGGGCUUCAGGAGCUGCCCCUAGUGGGGGGAUAUGUCAUGUUUAAUGUGUGUGUUCAUGUAUUUCAUGUCUUUUAUUUUGAAAAGUUUAGUUCCUGUUUCAUGUCAUAUGUUCCUGGUCAUGUGAUGUACUGUUUUCCCUCCAUGUUCAUGUGUCUUGUUUUCAUUGGUUCAUUGUUUGAUUAUCUUGUUUAGAGUUCUGUUUGUUCAUUGGUUAUCUUUGUCAUAUCUUUCCCCCAUGUCCAAGUAUUUAAGCCCUCAUGUUUUCCAUUGUCCUUGGUCAAGUAUUGUGUGUUUGGUAACGUAGUCAUUGUUUAUGUCAAGUCAAGUUUAUAGUCAAGUUCAUGUUUGUUUAUGUUUCACGUUUAUAGUUGGGUUUUUGGAUUUCACGUUUGUUAAUAAAAUUAGCACUCGGGUCCUUCUUGUCAUCGUCUCUUGGUUUUCCUCAUUGCUCCGCAGCAGCCUCGUUACAGUUACAUGCUAAACAAAUGAAUAUACAUUACUAUGCUAUGAAAUUGGUACAUUAUAAACAGCUUGAGAUGAGCAUUCUGUACAUUCAUUGGAACUACCUUGUACCUAUAGUGGCUUUUGAUUUAAGCAGGCUAUCUGCUAAAAGGAAAAAAAUACUAAGUGUCCACACACUGAUUUAUUGCUCCAAAAAUACUUUAUUGGCUUACACUUGCUUGCAACGUUUAUGCCAUAAGGUCUUCCUCAGGCAAUUUUUUUUUCUCCCAUUUUUCAGCUAAAUGUACAAUGGAAAGUGACAACAACUUGUGCAUUUCUGUGACUGAGGUAAAAACGAAAAGAUUGCCUAAGAAAACAGCAGCAAACUACUAAGAAAGAACGUGGUAUUGUUAAUAUUGUUCCCCUGGUUCCAGGAAGCAUAGAUGUCUUGUGCACCUUUAUUUCAUUUAUUAAAUUUAAGAGGCAGUGCUGUGUGGUAGGUUGUGGGGAAAGGGCCUGAUCUGUGGGGCUCAUGUUUGUUCCUGUUGGAGGAGGGGGACCUAUAAGUUGAUUUAAUAGCGUUUCCACUUCAAAGCAGACGCUAUUGCUGGGUUAGGGUCCCCCAUUACCUGCGCAGCCCACGGAUGCAUUAACAAGCACUAAGGAAAGAACUGGCCUCUUUGAAUACUGAACCCUUGUUUAAACCACAAUUACAAUUCCAUACUUAUUAUAACUGGGGUUUAACAUACAAAACACAUGCACAUUUGUUAUAUCAUGUUGGGACCUCCCAUAGAGUUCUAAUGUUCUUAAAUUAAGCUCAUUAUAAUUACUAUAGACUAACCAUAAUCCAAAUGAAAUCCCAAAACUUUCAGUAUUUGGCAAUUUAACAUGUAAAAGACUAAGGCUAUCAAUUAAUUAUUAAAUAAGUAUAAUUAAUUACAUGAUCUGAUUACUACUUAAUUAAAUUAAUUGCACUCUGUUCCAUUCCGUUGCGUUACAUCUAGUCAUCUAGCCAUUUUUGAACACAAGAAAUGCAUUAUUUACUUUCAGGUGGUACAAGCUUGAAUUAGAGUAUUUACAUACAGUAUGUGUCAGGGGGCAUGAUCAAAUGCAUAGUUUAUCACAAUGUUGCAUAUUAUGCAGAUUAUCUCACACCUGCCAGGCGCCCCAUAUUUCAGAGGUCCCUUGAUCUCCACACUGUACCAACAAAGUGGAAAAAAGCCAUUAUCAUACCUGUUGCUAAGAAACCAUGUCCACAGGAGAACAAUGAUUUCAUCUCUCUAACUUUGGUUGUAAUGAAGUGCAUGGAGAAGCUCAUAGUGAGGCAGCUGAAAAUUGAUGUAAGCCCUCAACUAGAUCCUUAUCAGUUUGCCUACACACACAAGAGAGGCACUGAUAAUGCAAUCAACAGCUUGGUCCACUUAGUGAUUAAACACCUAGAGAAUCCUAGGGCCUAUGCUAGACUGUUGUUUGUAGAUUUCGGUCCAGCUUUUAAAACUCUGCAACCUCAUGUUCUUCUGAAGACACUGCAGCAGAUGAAUGUCAAACCAUUCAUCAUCAACUGGUACCAUUCAUUUAUGGCCCAUUGCACACAACAGGUCAAGGUGAA